AGCACUCUCCUUUCUUUAACCGGAAGUCUAAAACCACGGCGGCGGUAGCAAUGGAAAAUUUUCAGAUGAGCCGGCAGACUUCCGAUGAAAUUGACCGGUUUCUCAACGGAGCGGCGACUUUCGCCGACAUGCUUUGGGGGUUCUUGGAUGAAAGCAGUGAACCCUCUCAGCGGAAUUUGCAAGACUUCGUUGACAAAGAUGGCGACCACGACGACGAAGACUUGAGUCCUCGACAUGUUGAAGAAAACAGAAUUUUCUGGGAAACUCAAGAACAACUUCUCCAGGCGACAUUGUUUAGAACUACUUCUCUUGAAACAAGAAUUAGACAAGCUACAAAAGAAGCAAUUAAGGAAUUGAAUUUGGCGGGUGUUCUUUGUGUCUGCCGGAGACCCGCGGCUGGAAACUGCCGGAAGUGUUUGCAAAGAGAACUCUCAAUUCGUCUUCAGAACGCCGGAUUCAACUGUUCCUUAUGUAAAUCCAAGUGGAAAAGCACACCGGAAAUCCCAUCAGGGGAACAUAAAUAUUUAGAAGUGGUGGAGAAAUCAAAGAAAGGAGAGGUGAGGGUGGUGAUCGAGUUGAAUUUCCGGGCUGAGUUUGAAAUGGCAAGAGCCAGUGAAGAGUACAACCGGUUAAUCAGUGGGAUACCGGAGUUAUUCGUGGGCAAGGCAGAGAGACUAAAAGCCCUGAUCAAGAUUUUGUGUGCGGCGGCCAAGAAAUGCAUGAAGGACAAGAAGAUGCACUUGGCACCGUGGAGAAAGCACAAGUACAUGCAAGCAAAGUGGCUUGGCACCUACGAGAUAACCGCACCGGCGCCGUUACCGGAGGACAGGGUUAACCGGGUGCCGAAGCCAAAGACAUCCAUGUUAACCUUUGAUUUGAGGAGCAAUUUGCCUGGAAUCCAUUGUACUGCCGUGGAGGUUGUGUGAUUUUCGUACCUGUAUGAGUUAUAGUGGAGAUCGGAAAUUGAGUUUUGAUCGGAGUUUUGAUUGUGAACUAAUGGCCUUAUGUAAAAAGAGAGAAGGAGAGCCUAUCCAAAAAAAAAUUAAAAAAAGAGAGAGAGAGAGAGAGAAUGGGAGAGCGUGGUGUUUUUUGAAAUAAGGAAGAAGUUUUGUGGUUUUAAGUAUAAAUUCCACUUAUAAUUGCGCCCCGUCGACUAAAGACCAGACUAAAAGGGAAACGGGUUAUUACCACUAUAGUUUAGGGACUAAGAAAGAAAUUUGCUAGGA